AGCCCUAGCCGUCUCGAUCGACAAUUAGGCGACCAGCUCACCCCCUCCGCGGUGCGAAAAGGCGACAGGACGCAUAGCAAAAAGCUAUGGCGGACGGCCUAAAGCCACACACGAGUGUCGCGCAACGAAGUGGGCAGGUCGACACAACCGAGAGUUUAAAAGGCACCACCCGGCCGUCCCACGCUUUCCUUUGACCGGCAAAGCAAAGAGAAGAAGCGAGAGCACCACACGAGGCGAAGCAGCCGCCGCGCCGUCCCCAAGAAUCCACCAGCAAGCUACCGUUACGCUACCUCAGCUCCUGCGAGAGGGGCGCCGCCGACCGACCGAUCGGGAUGUGGGAAGGCGGCGGCUUUCACGGCAGCCACGAGGCGCUCCUGCUGCAGGCCGCCGGAUCAGGAGCGGCCGACUACGGGCACGGCGCCGGCCCGGCGCUCCUGCCGUGGCUCGGCCCGGCCGCCGGCGCCGCGCCGGGGUUCUCCUACAUGGCCCCACACCACGCGCAGCCGGGGCCGUCGGGCGCUGAGGCGGCCGCGAGCCCUUUCGGCUUCGGCGGCGGCGGGUACAGCGACGGCGGGGUGGGUGGACAAUUCGGGGUGUUCGGCGGCCCAGAGACCGCGCUGCCUGCGCCGCACGGUCUGGCUGCCGCAGCCGGUGGUGGGACGUCGGCGAUGCAGCACGGGUCGAGGAUGGUGUCCGGCCUUCUGGGCACCCUGCAGAUGGAGCUGGGGCGGAUGGCGGCCAAGGAGAUCAUGGACGCCAAGGCGCUGGCGGCCUCUCGCAGCCACAGCGAGGCCGAGCGCCGCCGCCGCCAGCGCAUCAACAGCCACCUCGCCAGGCUCCGCAGCCUGCUCCCCAACACCUCCAAGACGGACAAGGCGUCGCUGCUGGCCGAGGUGAUCGAGCACGUCAAGGAGCUGAAGCGGCAGACGUCGGCGGUGCUCGAUGUCGAGGGGGAGGAGGCCGCGGCGGCGCGGCAGCGCCUGCAGCUCCUGCCCACGGAGGCGGACGACCUGGCGGUGGACGCCACGGAGGACGGCGAGGGCAGGCUGGUCGUGCGAGCGUCGCUGUGCUGCGAGGACCGCGCCGGCCUCAUCCCCGACAUCGCCCGCGCGCUCGCCGCGCUCCGCCUCCGGGCGCACCGCGCCGAGAUCGCCACGCUCGGCGGCCGCGUCCGCAACGUGCUGCUCAUCACCGCCGCCGCCGACGACGACGAUGGGGAAGGAGAAGGAGACGACGACGACGACGACGUCGAAGGCGAUGGCGGGUGCGCCGGCGGCAACGCCUCGUCCAGCCGGAGGCACGAGCUCGUCGCGUCCAUCCAGGAGGCGCUGCGCGGCGUCAUGGACUGCAAGACGGCGAGCAGCGACACUUCCUCCUCGUCUAACGGCGGCGGGAGCAUGAAGAGGCAGCGCAUGAGUGGUGCGCAUGAGCAAGGUUCGCUUUAGUGUGCUAAAACUAGCUAGUAGCUGCCUCCCUCGAUGCAAGCAUGAAAUAUGCAAGCAUGCGUGCAUGGCUAGCUAGCUUCUCAAACUCAAGUUAUUAAUUAGUAUAGUUAUAAAGCUAUAUAGCCACUUCAAACUUGGGACGAGCGAGCUGAAUCUUCUGUUUUUGUUACUAUGGUAUGGUGUGUGCAUGAGGGAAAGAAAAUGGGAACACAUGGACAUGCAAGUUGAUUAGUAGGAGAGUUUCAUUGUAUCCCUUAUAUAUCUUUGUGGUGCAUUAUUUUUUACUUAGUUCGCGUAUGUAUUAUUGUGGGGAGUGGGGGAAAUUUGAGGGGUUACUGAUAAACCGCUCGUAACAUGGGGGGUGGUAAGGGUGUACACAUGUAUAAUCUCUGGGUUAUUAUAAUGGAAGAUGGAAUUGGCGGGGUUGAUCAU